AUUAAAGAUAAAUAUUUAAUAAGGUAUCGCACAACCCUAAAAUACAGAUUAUUGAUGAAAUUGGUUGUGCUUCACGCGAUAACAGUGUUCAUGUCUGGUUGGCCUUGACCGGUUAAAGUUGACAACCGUACGGCUGUACAGUAACAAUUAGGUUUCCUAUUUUUAUACUCGGAUUGUUCCCCAGCAUUGUCCAGGUUUUAUUCUUGGAUUAAAUAAUUCAUGUCAUCGAAUAGUGUUCGUAUUGGUGCAUUUUCUGUUUUGUUCCAUGCCACGCGAAGAAGAAGGCAAAGAAUCGCUAUAGCGAGUGAGAAAUAAAUAAGCCUACUGUGGCUUUUAGUCAGAAGAGCAGCAGUCAUCAGAGUGGAAGAAAAAGAAGUGCUCCUCCAUUGUGAGAGUGUGUACGGGUGGUGCUUUUAGUGGUUGUUCCGUGCCGAACACGGUGUGCAAGUCGCAAAGAUCGGGAGGUCAAAGUUGCCUCCUCUCAGCAGCUAGUUUCACGCUCGAAACCAAAUCCAAUCUCGAGAGUGGAACACGGUAGGUUUGGCCCACACAGCAGCAUAGGUCUGCCUGCCGAAAAUCUUUACCUCGGGCAAAAUUGCAUAAUAACAUCUAUGAACAGCCAAUAUUGAGCACGGAUCAAAGCAACCAGCGGUGGCGACGACAGACAGAUGUUCACCCUUGAAAAUGUCCAUUUUGUGAAUUAACGGAAAUCAUUCAAGACCCCAGAAGAAAACAAAGCUCGAUCCAAACAUGACGACUGUCGUAAAUCGCCAGCUCGGAAAGUGCCAGCCACUCCACAACUGCUUUUCCCGCUAAGAACCGGAAUACGGACGCACUAAACCACCAAAGCAAACGAAAAAGGAACUCCACAACGGAACACCCCAACUUAUCAAUCACUAUGAAGCCACCAACAGGAGAGGAAAAAACUCGUACCAAGCAACAAAACGAUGGCAUCCCGGCGACACCCUCGUCGUCCGCCGGCGUCGGAUCAUCCCCGAUGGCUUCGAUAUCAACCCAGACCCAUUCACACGGUAGCGGAAGCAGCUCCAGGAUGAAUCCUCCGACGAUGGCAAAUGCGUCGUCGUCCUCGGCCAAUACCAAUCCCGGAUGCUUUAUCAAACCGUCACUGUCACUCAACUCGCUGCCUCCACAGGGCCCUUCCGAGGGUUCCGAGCUGGCACAGAACAGACUGAGAAUCGAUCGGCCAUAUAAUAGUUUGAAGAAAAAACGCGACUCGGAACGGGAACUGUGGCGCCGGUCGUGGGGCAGUGGUCACAGUCACAGCUCCUGCAGCCUGCAGAGCAGCACCACGACCGGCAUCGGAAAGGACGAUUUCUGGGCGGCACUUAAGACGAACUACAAUUUCAUUAUGGACACAAACCUGCUCGACAGUUGUCAGGAAGCUCGAGGCGAAAUCGAAGGUCGGGUGGUUCGAGCCGAAGAGGAUGACGUUGACUGCUAUCGGAAGGCCAUGUACAAUCCGUCUCCGAUGCAGACUUUCUACGGAGAUCCACGGCUGCUGCGGCAGUGGAUCAAAGAGAUGGAAACCCGACUUUCGCGGGUUUCUAGCUCAUCUGUUACGGAGAUCAAGAAGAUGAAAACGGACCAGCUGCUGAGGCUUUCGGGAGAACAUUCGGAAAUCUACCGUGAAAUUAAAUCCAACUCGCGAGCCGUAGCAGCGUGUGUGCGUGCGUACGAGAAAAAGACGGCCAAAGCGUGCAAAUUUUCCGGCAAAAUCUCCGGCGUCACCAGUGUCGCAUCGUCAUCGACUGCCACCCCAGCCGGAAAUAGUAGUAGCAGUACCGCUGGUGAGCUCACAGGACCACCAUCCGGUUCGGGAUCACUGACGCCCGAGGUAGACGCACAGCCAAGCACUUCGUCGGUUUAUUUUCAAUCUUUGGAACGCCACCCUGCGGAUAGAAGUUUCCCGGAGGAAAAGUUAGCUGCGGUUAAGCUCAGUGGCAAGGCAAAAGAGAACAGCAUUGUGAAGGGGCUCCAGCGACGGUAUCUUCUGCUGUACUUGAAAGCAUUCGAGUUUCAGCUGCUGUUGGAAGGAUUAUUGGAUAGUAAAACUUCGAGCUCUGAUAACAACGCCAGUCUCUCCGACACGGAUGAGGAGCCCGUUAAUAAGCUAGCACGCCUCAGUACAAAGUCGAAAUCAUCCGACUCACUGCAUAAUGAGUGCUUGAGUGGCGAAGAAUGGGUUAAAGCCAAAAAACUUUCAAACGCUGGUUUCGAUGCCGAUUCCGAGGGCAGCGACUGUGAAAUUGUGCCUAAAAUUAUCAAAUACCACACCCUGCAGCAUAAUCCCGGUAGUCCCACGACGACUACGACGGUCACGACCAACACACCGUCGACGCCAUCAUCUCCAUCUGCCACGAAUCCGCUACUUCCGGAAGCGGUCACUGCGAAUCCUAUGAUGGAAACAGACAUUGGCAAUUUAUCGGCUGCCACCAUUAUUACAACCAGUACUAGCACGACGGCUAGCACUACAACGACUCUAGUUGCCGCCUCGGGCGGCAAACUGUUCGGUGAGGACAUACUCGACGGCAUCAUCCGAGAGGCAACGGCCCAAGAUCUUAUUAACAAUAAUAACAACCACGGCUCAAAUGAAACCCCCAAUCAACUGAGGAGCAAAACUCCUUCCCCGAAACAGUCGGGCAAACAAAAGCGCACCAAACCCAACGAUCUGUCCAAGUUCAACCGAUCGACCAGAAAGUCGAAAAACUGUGCCACAUUUUACUUUAAGCACCUGGAUACCGAUUCGGAGCUGAACAAGGACUCGAGCGAGCGGGCUAAAUCGGACGAAACGUCCAGCUCGUCGGAGGGGGACGAGUGGGUGUACAACAAUGGCGACGAAGAAGGUGUCCAGGAGGGUGGGGAAAGUAGCCCGGACAGUUCCGGUUCUGAUCCGACCCGUUCGAGUGGUGGUGAGGUGAUACCGCUCGGUGACGAGGAUGAAAAAGAGAAUAAACCACAUAGUGGCGGAGAGGAUAAACCGGAUGGAACGAAACUAAGUUCGACACUGGCCGUUGUCGGUAAGGAUUCUAAGUCGAAAAAGUGUCUGGACUUUUCCCAGGAUGCACUGGCGGGGAUUAAUCUGAGCAGCCGGGCACUGAUGAUGACCUCGAUCGGAAGCUUCGGGAAGAGUUCCGAUUCGGUGGACAGUGGCGGCGGAAGGGGUGGCGGAUCCGCUAUCAUCACGUCCAAGCAGUAUGCGACGAGCUCGAUUCAAAGGUUAGUGCUGCACGCCGAGACGCUGGUGCGGGACGAAAUUUUCGCAAAGACACCUAAAACUGUUGUGAAAAAUCCACAUUAUCUUCACAACCAUCAUCACCACCACCACAACAAUCAUCAUAAUUAUCACAAUCAACAAUAUCAGCAACAGCAGCAACAGCAUCUUCUUCACCACGGCGGUAGUGCGCAUCAACUGCAUUCGUUGUCAUCGUCGUCGUCAGCGCGUCAUCACGCUGCGCUUACCGGUAUUGGCAGUGUCAACCACAACGUCGUCAGCAGUGCCGGCAAUCGGAAGGUGGAGAAAGUGAUGAGCAAUCACAAGAUCAACCGGAUCGAGGAAUGGCUCGAGAAGCAACCGCUGGACGUGGCCACAACGGCACCGAACUCAACCGGAUCUGGCCCGACGACCGAUUGUGAAGCUUCCGGUGAGUACACCGAUUCCGAUUCGAUCACCCGCGACACGGACAGUUCGGAAGGGCUAGCCAACUCGGUGGCGACCUGUUUACAGGGCGAUCAAACCUCUCAGGAGUUGCUCACGGACAACGUGUACCCGUCGGAGACAUCGAUCGUAUCGAACGAUGAGGUGGAUUUGAAAAACAACUCCAACUCAAAUCCGUCGCUAGUGAAGCGACGGGUUAAUAAACCGUCCGGCGAACGACCCUGGUCGGUGUCCUGCAUUUCUCAGUUGAACACCUCGGCGGUGGAAAUCAAUCAGUAUGGCGAACGGUUGGAGAAGCAUCAAAACCAACGUCUUACGGCCAGUUUCUCGAUCAGUGAAUCGGCACUGAACACGAUGUCGGCCAUGCGCAGUACGCUGAAGUCGUCGACAACGGGAACGGUGGGAACGAUGAUUACAACCAGCAGCAGCGGGGGCGGCAGCCAGCAACCACUGAUGGCGAAGAGUUCCGACAGCAAGGGUUCGCUGAAGAAGCGUAAGCUGCGCUCGAGGAGAAAGAAUCGCAUCGACGAAUCCGGUUCUGACGAAUCACAGCCCCCCAUACAGCAGUCCUCUGCGCUGCAUCUUCUUCAGCAUUCACUAAUUCUCCAGCACCAGCAACAAUUACUUCAACAGCAACAACAACAACAGCACCAGCAACUACAACAACCCUUACGGGAAAUUCAACUAUCGACUGGAAGCAGCAGCGGUAGUGGUCGCCAGCAACAGCAUCAGUCCAGCAGCAGCCAUCGGGGAAACCUGCUCAAAUCCGAGUCCUUCUCCGGUCGGAUUCGGCUGUCGGACGACUUGGUCACGCUGUCGUCACUGUCCGGAUCGUCUGGAUCCCGCAAAUCGUUCUCUGCUCGGCAGACGACGAGGGGAACGACCAUGACGACACUGUUGGCCACGGUAUCGACGAAGAAGUCCGCUCCGGAUAGCGAGGAGGAACAGCAGCAAUCGGCAGCACUGAUGGCGAAGCCCAACUUCAAGAUCGGCUCCAGUGUCACCCGUGCCCGCUGCGGUAGUGUCAAUCUAGGAUCAUUAGCCGCGUUGGCUAAUUAUAAUCUAGAUGGCGUAGAGCGGGCUGAGACCGAUCCGAAUGGAGCCGGAACUGGCACCGAGGAGAUGAGCAGCUUCUCGGAGCAAGCAUGGGAUAACUACCAGGAGAAGUACAUGAGCGAACCGUACUCGGAGGAUCGCGAUACGGACGCGGCACGACGCCUGCUGGAUUUUGGCGAUGAUUACCGAAACUUUAUCGAUUCACAGUCGGACUGUGCGUCCUCGUCGCUGUCGGCGGCAAACAUGGAUUCGAUGUCACCGCCACGAUUCCGCAAGAACGAGUCGCUCAGCAAGAGUUCGGAGCCGAACGUGAACUCGCUGAACCGGCGGAAGCGACUGGAUGAGUACCGGAUGGACGAUCGAUACAGUCACAACAUGCACUCCUGGUCCAGCAAAUCGGGCAGCCCGCCGCACCACUCGCUCGAUAAAACGCUGACCGCACGCGGAAAACACCACGUCCUGUACGAAAGUCCCGACCAAUCGGGAAGCGGUGGUGGUACGGGACUGGUCGGAAGUGGUCGCCGUCGGUCGCUGCGUUCGGUCGAUAAACACAACACCUUCCUGCGAUCGUUGUCCCACGAGACGAGCUCCAGCUCUAACAACGAGUUCGACGAGGAUAUGGAAGCGGAAGUGAAGAAGCUGCUGAUCCAGAGCAAGCUGCGAUACGCUAACACCGAAGCGCUCAAGGCAAAGUCGCACCUGCUCAAACCGGAGGACUAUGACGAAAUCAUCAAAACAUGCCGGGAGAACGUUCGCUGCCUGGAAACGGUGCUGCUGUCCCAACCGGGAACGGUUCUGACGGCGGCCAAGUGUCAGGAUUUACGAGAUACCGUCCUCUGCUGGGAGAAACUGCUAAGCUGGAGUGAGCGGCGACAGAUUACGACUCGGUUCCAGGCGGAAAUUCUAUCACAGAAGGAUGUACUGGAAGAUUUGGGCUGCAAGGCGUUCGAUUUCUCGUCGGAGGCACACAUACAGCUGGCCAUCGAUCAGCUGAAGAACGAACGCAUAGUACUGCAGAACCAGCGCCCAAAGAUGCUGACACUGAACGCAACCGUCCACAGUUGGGUCUCCGCCCAGGAGCUGCAGCGAAAGGAACUGUUGGACGAUUCAUCGAUCGACGCCCAGCUAGAGCAGCUCGAUCGCGACAAGAACUUCGGCAAGUGUACCGAUCAGAAGUGUGGUGCAUGCUACGAUUGUUUGAACGAAUUGCGCGAGGAUUGCAACAUCAACCGGGAGCUAAAGGAGGGAAUCAAUCAACUGUACAGCACCUGGGAUGAAACGGAAGUGAGGAUAAAGAACCGAAUCGAUAACCUAAUGAGCUCUUUGAAUACCUGGAAGCAGCUGGAGGAUGGUCUGAGUGAUUUCAACAACAUACUGGAUCGUGAUCGUGGCAAACUUCAGGGGAUUGAGGGGGCCCUGCAAAGCGGGGCCGGAAGAACCGACGAAAUGGUCAAUAGUGUCAAGGAGGUUGUCAAAGCUCUGUCCGAGAAUGUUGAGCCGCUUUUUCAGGAGCAUAAUGCACCGAUUCCGGUCAGCCUUAAGCUCUCGUCGAGUGGGUCUCUGUCUGAUAGUGGCAUUUCCGAUGGUGGUGGCAUGUCUGACGGUAGCCUUUCUGAGCGGGAAAAGCGACUGAGUGCAUUGAAGCGGCUGGUCAAACAGCUGGAGGUGGCGCUGGCUCCGGGAAGUGAAGCCAUGCAGACCAUUACCAAGCGGCUGGAGAUGGCGGAGCAUGAUCUACGGUCACUGCAAAACACCUGCCGGGAGAUUAUCAUGAACGAAAAGAAUGGUCCCGCUGGCAAUGGAGGAAUUGAACAGCACCAGGAAAGCAGCAGCAACAACAACGAUUCUAGCGUUAAGAAUAAGAACAAAAAUAGGCACGGAAGCAAAAAGAAUCGCACCUCCACACCCAUCAAGUCACGCACCCAACCGUCACUGGCCGAAACCGAUUCCGAGGAAAACCACCUUUACCAGGAAGUACAAAAGGAAGCGUUGGGCGAACAACAGCAGCACCAGAACCGCAAUCAGGAACAUUUUCAACGGGGGGCAAAAGCCACAGCCCAGCUGGGUCUGAUUCAAACUACCAAGUUGAAACUGUCCCAGAACCGGUGGGUCUGGCGGAUUACCAAGAUUGCCGUUCCGGUGCAGCUGGCGCUGGUGUUGGUGAUGUGUGCGGCUUGCUUCUUCGAACCGCACUGCUGCGAUGCUCUCAAUACCUAUUCGAUGAGCUUUACGCCCCAGUUACGCUACAUCAAGGGACCGCCACCGGUUUGAGCACAAAGUGCCGGCAGUGGGCGUUCUUUUCCUUCGCACAAAGCGGGGGGAAAAUGAUUUUUUUUGUUUUUCUUUUUUUUUAUACGGAUAAUUUUUUAUAUCCUGGAGAUAUAGCAGUCGUGCAUUACUUAGUAUUUAAGAAGAGACCAUUUUUAUCAAAUCAUAUUUAUAAACAUAUUCAGAUUUAUUUUCUUUAUUUGUAUAGGCUAAAGAAACUGUAUCUAAAUCGUUUCUUCCUUAUGGGGGCACACGAAGAUCGAUCGAGAUUUGAGAAGAGCUCGUGCAACAGAGGUAAUUUUUUCCGUUCUUACUUACCACCGCUAAAUAAAGCCCUUAGUCAAAAGCUACAAACAACACGGUAUCGUUCGUUGUCGUGUUCGAAAACAGAUCAUCGCUAUACAAAAUGGGUAACAAAUACGAAUGUGCCUUUAGAAAAUUACCAAUCGAAACAAACUCUAGCAUAGUCUGUUUUUGAAAAACUCACGCUUCUGAAAUAGCAUUAGAAUUAUUUAAAUCAAUCAGAACACACGUUCCUCUCAGUGCACUGGAAACAAUUCUGUUCACAAUUGUUAGCCACGUGUCACGUUACUGACUUUCGAUUGCGAACCGUUUUGUAGGGAAUUGAUUCCUGAUCUGUGUGAGUGCUACUAUUUUCAGUAUCAAAACCAUUCAAACUGCCUUUUCACGUUAAAACAGUAAUGUGUACAGCUUGCACUAUAUUUUUGAGCCAGUAACACAUUGUCUUAUGCUUUGUAAAUUUUCUGGAAUCUUUUGCUAAUAUUGGACUAGGGUUAGAAAUUUCUAUGUAAAUCCUAAAUUCUUCAAAUAUGUUGUGUUCUAUUAAAAAGGGACGAAAUUGGAGUAACGCAUUUUUUCGCGUGUCCCUUCUAAAAUAACUUACCUUAACAAGUAAAGCGGAUGGCAAAUAUAUGGAAAAUAAAUGUUUAUAUUUUUAAUAAA